UGAUUUGUUGCGCUCAACUUCAAGCAUGUUUAUGAACCUGAAGGACGAUAAAAAACUAAUGAAGAAGUUUGUAAAACUGGUUGAAAAGUAUCCAGAUAUAUACGACCGCUCUAAGGACGGAUACAGAACUCACAGUGUUGAAAAAUCAUGGCAAGAAAUUCGUGAACACGUGAGAACAGAACUGAAUGAGGAAUGUACUGUUGAGGAGCUAAAAUUGAAAUGGAAAGGAAUCCGGUCUUCUUACAAUCGAUACAAAAAUAAAAUUCAAACAAGCGACACAUGCAAAAAAUAUUAUUUAAGUGCCUACCUACAAUUCUUGGAUCCGUUUAUAAGAAGAAGAGGAUCGCAGUUAGAUAAAUCAGAAACGGACUGUUCGUAUUUCAUUGACGUUCACGAUAAUGAUACGUCGAAUGAUUCAAACAUAGAAGCCGAAGAGAUAGAUAUAAAAUCUGAAGUAAUAGAAGAUUCACAAAUAGGCGAAAAAACACAACACUACGUGCCAAUUGGAAUAAUUAAUAGUACUGAGGAAGUUAAGCAAGAAAAAGAAGAAAGGCCUACUGACGAGGAGAGCGAGGAUUUACAAUUCUUCAAAAGUAUUCUUUCCGAUAUCAAAGAUUUUACAUCGAAAGAAAAAAGAAAAUUUAAAAUGGGCAUUUUACAAUUGAUUGAUGAUAUUGAAAACGAACGUAAAGACAAUUACUGAAUAAAAUAUUUAUUAAGAUUGCUCAGUGAUAUUAGUUAUAAUAUAUAGUGUUAUAGUAAAAUACGUUUGUCAAUUUGCUUAGAUUUCCUAAUUAGAUUUAGCUUUCUGUAAAUAAUUGUUCAUCCAA